AGAUCAGUGGCUCUAGCAUAGAAAAAAAAGAAAAAUGCCGGUCAUUUGUUGAGUUACAAUCGCAGUAGCUGACCCACAGACCUCAGCAACUAGAACCAGUUUGCUAGUAAGUGUGAAAGAAAUUCAUCUAUAUAAACAUUCAUUUUACCGUUAAAAGUGUUGCCCGCUACAACUGCAGCCGGCCCGAUAACGUCAUCGCCGUAGAUAUCAGCACCAAAAUCGAAACCAGUCGAAACAAAAUUUGGUGGCCGCGGCCGUUUUCAGGUUCCCCAUUCUGUCUUCCGCGCAUGUCGUGGGCCUCUAAAUUGUCGAAACAGGAGCUCUGACUGACUCGAUCCAUUCUGCACAUACCAUGAAGUGGUGGCCGGUGCUUCUUUUGGCGGGGGCAGCAGUCUUAGCGGUGAGCGCGGCUGAGGAGGAGGACUACUACAAGCUGUUGGGUGUCAAGCGCACAGCCACUGAACGGGAGAUCAAGAAGGCAUUCCGCAAGCUGGCCCUCAAGUACCACCCAGACAAGAACAAGGAGCCAGGCGCUGAGGAGAAGUUCAAGAAUAUUGCGCAGGCUUACGAGGUCCUGUCGGACAGCGAGAAGCGCCAGAAGUACGACCAGUUUGGCAGCUCUGCCUUCAAGCAAGGCGGUGACGGGGGCGGCAGGACGCAGUUCCAUGACUUCGACAUGCACGACUUCUUCCGUCACUUCGACGAUGCCUUCAACUUCCACCAGCAGCAGCACGGCCGAGCGCAUUUCCACAAUGGCCAUCCCAACUUUGGUCAGCAAAAGCCACACCAACACCAUCACCACGGAGGCCAGCGCUCAUUCUUUGGCAACGCAUUCAACAUGGAGGACCUGUUUUCUGACUUUGACGAUGAGCGUGAGGACUGGAUGGGAGGUGGCGGUGGCGGACCCUUUGGCGAAGUCUUCGGCUCGGGCGACUCCUUUGCACGGUCGCACUUCUCGCGUCACGCGCAGAACCACCGGGCCAACAUGUUUCACCAGCAUAGUGAUGGGCAAGGCCACUGCAAGACAGUCACACAGAGAGUCGGCAACAUGGUGACAACUUAUACUCAGUGCUCGUAGGAACCAAAGAAGCUUCGAGUGUGGGUCUCCCUACGUUGAGUGAAAGCUGGAACUGUAAAUUCAAGGUGCACAGGUCGUGCUUCUAAAAAGCAGACUAACUGAAGCACCGUGCUCUGAUCUGUGAUGUUUGGGCGCGAGCCCACAGUUUUCUGCAGCAUGCUGCAAUCCGGUUAAGGAUUUGUUGUUGUUUUAUGUUGUGUACAUACUCAAGUCUCUCCUUACUUUUUUUUUUCUUUUAGUAAAUCGUCUGCCUAUUGAAGGUUAUGACUGGCCGAAGUAGACCCAGAAGCUUUGUAUUUGAGGAAUUUGUAUGGUGUGUGAGAAAUGUAAGAACUGAAACCUUUUUUGAAUGCAAGCACAGGCAAUAAUCAACCAGUGCCACAUAAAUAGGUAGUAUUAUUGAGCAGACUACACAGACUUUCUAUACUGAAGUACUUCAGCCAUUGGGAGGGAUAAAAAAUAAUGUAGCACUGGGCUGGAAGUAGCCAAUGAAAAAUUGCCGCCAAAUGUAAUAGUGUUUCACUGUGCGUGGGUAUAUGUGAUUAUUGAGCCAGCAAAACUGACACUUACAUUUUAUACCGCUCAUCCAUUUUAAUAGAAGCAAACUUCAAUAUUAAAGAUUUCCUGUAGUAGAUAACAGUUCUGUCACAUCACCUGGAUGACUUGAACAGGCAGGCACUACUUGCCAGGCAAACUGCAGGGUGAUGCAGGGCUGAUGAAAAUAUUUUCACAGUGUUGUGCCUCUGUGAGAAAGGUUUGUGAACUGCUUUACCCAUUGUGGAGAGCAUUGAUAGCGAUGGCACAAGUCUGAUAAAUAGUUUCUGGCGAUUGUUGCCGUUUCAUUUCUGUGAUUUCGCAUCAUGGUGCUAGGUAAUGACGCAAGAACAUUUAUUGUUGGAUAUGGCUGUGUGUUUGCAAGGAUUGGCCAUUGCUUUUCAUCGCAUGUUACUCGCAACUGCGCAUAGCCUAAAGACAAGUGUUGUGGUUCACUGCAUUUAAUUUGCACAGUGUUCAACAUAAAUAUAGGCCACGUCAUGUUGUCAUGACAGAGACAUGACGGUGACCGGUAGGGCACAUGGUGUGACAACACGCUUUGCAAGAGACAGUCGUGCCAGUGGAAGCUGCUAUAUUUUUUCCCAGCUCCCGCACAUUUGGUGUUGCACGAGUUGUGCAGUCAUAUUUAUUUUUUUUACUCUAGGGCUGUAUUUUUAAUGAUCCACUUCAUUUCUCAUUCCUUUUCACUCUUUGUCAUGGACUUGGAUGUGACGCGGAUGCUGCUGUUGUCACUGCCAUUGACAACUCGGCACAACAUGCGACAAGAUGAGAAGAAUGGAAAAUGAAAUGGAAUGUUACAUGGUACGAGUACUGCAUCCUAUUUUGCCCGAGAGAUAUAUAUCAAAGUACUGGUUUGUUUUGCCACUUUGCCCAAAUUUAUUGGUUGCUUUAUAAAUGCAAAUUCUUAAGUAUUAUUUAUUUAUUUACACUAGAUGACUCUUGAAUGCUUUUCAUCAUCUUGGGGAUUCAGUGUGGCAGUGGAUGUAUGUUGAGGUACUUCUCUGCUUUUUCUGUGUGUGUUUAGAAAGCGUUGUACACUUCACAACAGCUCUGUAUAGUAAGCAUUCAUUGUAGAUAUUUGUAAAUAGCCUUAGAUUUUUUAAAAGUCGGCCUCCAUUCCACCCUGUGAAAGUGUGUGUACAGUGAAGCUGUUGCCGCCGUUGCACGCCGCCACCACCAGCGACGUACAUCACGCCCACACACGUGUCCGGAAGUGCAACAAGUAUUCUCAUUCUUCUAGGCCCUCCACCAACUGCAAGUGCAUUAUUGAGCUAAAUGAAUUUUUCAAAGUAAAAUGCGUCGGAAAAGUAGGACUUACACACAAGCUGCAGACAUGGUAGCUUCGGAUUGUUGUUCAAAUAAAUGGUGGAGCCGUUAGCACAGCGUACCUCCUCAUUCUUGUAGGCCCUCUGCCUUGUGCAAGUGCAUUGUUGAACUAAUUGAAUUUCUCAAAGUAAAAUGCAUCAGAAAAUUAGUUAAAUACGACUUGCGCACAACCUGCAGACAUGAUAGCAUCGGAUUGUACUAUUCGAAUGUACGAAAAACAUAGUUCUGUUAUGCGGAAAUUCGAACACAAAGCCUCUAGCUGCCGCUUGUUUUUGUGCUAGUAAAACCUCGCACGUGGACACGAAGCAUCCCGACCAACUAGAGGCUAACAGCUUCACUGUAAAACUCGCUGAACUGUACAGUAGGCCCUGUUGGCCUGAAAUAUUGAACCAUGUUUUGAUGCUGGUUGCAUUGCUACUAGACCAAAAAAAAAUCUUUAGCCAAAUGAACGAAGGCCUUUUGCAAUUAUCAUCUGCUUGACAAAGUUCAGAGGUUCAUUAGUAAGUGAACUUCCGUGUUCAAAGGUUUUUCACUACACGAUCACAGUUAGUCGUAGGGCCACUCAUUAUUUGCUGCGCAAUUGUUGGUGUUUCAAUGACAUCUUGCCAAGCUUUAUUAGCUUUUGAACACCACAUUCAGUACAAGCAAUGCUCAGAGACUAUCAAGUCUCUGAGCACAUGUCCUCAUCAAUUGUCACAUUCAAAUGGUGGCAGAAUUUUUUUAAAAUGUGGACCGAGGUUUCAGUGCACGUCAAAAUAAGCUGGAGCCCUCCACAGUUGCAUGUCUGAUAUUAUUUGUGUUGCUUUGGUAUGCUAAGACCUGUCAAUCCUAUAGUAACAAGACGGGACAAGUUACGUUCAUGAAAGUGUAGGUGGUAGUGCCAAUAAAAUUUGAUGGGGAGGCCAACAGCUUAGCUAGUCUUGGAACUAAAGAUGGCUGUCAUGACUCUUAGGGGCAAAGUGUUCAAGAUGGGUGGCACCAUGACAUUUACAGAGGCCACUUGUAUGGUCUACUAUUGUGGUGAGAUUGGUCUGUGUUGAGUCAAGCACCUUUAAACGUAUGCAAAGAUUUUAGAGCAAAUAUCUUGUACUUUGUACAGUAAUCGCUAGUGAACGAGAUUAGUCUAUUGUAUCUGAGAGGUUCCUGUACGCCAAGCAAGAUCGUAAAAUCGAAAGGACAACUUCAGUAGCAUUUUUUGAUAAUGGUGCAUUUUUUCUGCCACAGUGUGCAACUUUGAAUCAUAGUUUUACACAAUAUAACAAAUUCUGAAUUCGGCAACCCAAUGCAAUGAGCCAUUGAAAGCAGUGCUUUCAGUAAUGUAUGCCAUACUUUACUGUGCUUGUGCAUUGCUAUGUUUCUCAAGUUUCUUGGAUUGUAAAGGGGAUACUACCAACUGUGCAGUGUAUUGUAAUUGUUGGCACCUGCUGUUAAACUUGAAAUGGCAGCAAUAAAAUGUUUAUGGCUCGUUA